CUGUUUUGCUCCCGCGAAAAAGCUGUUUCAGGUAUUUGUUUAUUGGGUGGGAAGAACUGGAAAGGCAGGCAGAUCCUCGUGGGGCUGAGCUCGAAUGUGGGCACUUCACUCACUCUUUCUCUCUCUCGCACACACAAACACACUUUUUUCUUCCUUCUUUUUUUAAUCAUCUGUUCACAUUUGAAGACUUGAGACUCUUCUUGGAGAAGCUCAAGUCUUGCAAAUCCAAGUAUGGUGAAGGAGACAGAAUAUUAUGAUGUAGUUGGUGUUAGUCCAUCGGCUUCUGACGAGGAGAUUCGAAAGGCGUAUUAUCUUAAGGCAAGGCAAGUUCAUCCAGAUAAAAAUCCAGAUGACCCUCUUGCAGCUGAAAGGUUUCAGGUCUUAGGUGAAGCAUAUCAAGUUUUGAGUGAUCCUGUGCAAAGAGAUGCGUAUGAUCGAAAUGGGAAACAUUGCAUAGCUAGGGAAACCAUGCUGGACCCCAUGGCUGUUUUCGCCCUCCUAUUUGGAAGUGAAUUAUUUGAGGAUUACAUUGGACAUUUAUCUGUUGCAUUAAUGGCAUCCUCUGAAGUAGCAAGUGAAAGUGACAAUCCUGAGAAGCUACAUGAUAAACUGAAGGCUGUCCAAGAAGAAAGAGAAGAAAAGCUGGCAAGGCUGCUCAAAGAUUUUCUUAAUCAGUACGUCAAAGGUGACAAAGAGGGAUUUCUACGACGUGCUGAAUCUGAAGCCAGACAGCUUUCUGAUGCAGCUUUUGGAGCUGAUAUAUUGCACACAAUCGGCUACAUAUACUCAAGACAAGCAGCACAAGAGCUUGGAAAGAAAGCCCUGUAUUUGGGUGUACCAUUUGUAGCCGAGUGGGUUAGAAAUAAGGGCCAUUUCUGGAAAUCACAGAUUUCUGCAGCAAAAGGUGCUUUCCAGUUAUUGCAGCUUCAGGAAAGCACACGCCAGCAAUUCAAAAUGGAUGGCAAUGGUACUGGAAAUGAUGUUGAAUCACAUUUGCGCUUAAACAAAGACGCAUUAAUGAGCUCGUUAUGGAGAUUGAAUGUAGUGGACAUUGAAGUAACUCUUGUACAUGUAUGCCACAUGGUGUUGAGGGAAAAUGAUGCUAAGAAAGAGGAACUUAAAGCUCGUGCUUCGGCUCUAAAAAUUUUAGGGAAAAUUUUCAUGGACGAAAAGCAAGCUAGAAGUGGAGGAACAUCAAAAGGAAAAGCUGCUAUAGACAUAGAAGAUGAUGAUGGAAGCAGUUCUGACCCUAGUACUGAAGAGGAGUCGCCGAGAAUGCUUUCGUAUCGAACACCUUUUCUCACUCAGGGGAUUGGAAGACUCUUCAGAUGUCUCUGCAAUCCAGCCUUUGAUGUGGAUGACGACGAAAUUGUGUGCAAAAGCAAAACUAGAUACUAAGGGGUGGUGUGAUUUCAUAAAGCAUUGUUGAACACAUAGAAAUGCAUUUUAAUUUGUUUAAUUAAGGACUCUGCUGUAACUAGACUGGCAUUAUAGCCUCCAUGCUGGCAUUAUAAAGACCAAUCCAUCCACGACA